AUGUUUAUCACAAACUGUGAGGCAGCAAUUUGUUAUAAAAAAUAUAAAAAAGAGGAAUUUAUGUGGAAAUUAAAACAGAUUAUACAAAUUUUGUGCGAGUUAUUUAUAUUUUUUCUCAAAUUGGGAGAGGAGGGACCGACGGAGGAAAGGGAAGACGCGGGGAGGAAACGUAAAGGAAAGCUAAAAUAUACACGCACACAUUUGCCUACAUUUGAGUACUUAAAAAGAGGAAUGAGAAAUGACUUUCUCUGUGUAUUCUGGUUAAAAGAUGAGGGGAGAAGAGGUGGUGAAAGUGACACUUUACUGGCGUCAAAUUUGUUAACUGUCUCCAUUUUUGAACAAAGAAAGGGUGUCGAGGCGAUUAUGCUUUUAAAAUUCUCCAAACAAUGUAAAAUCAGCAACUUCAAGGUUACCAAAAAAGAUAAAAUAAAAUGGAUUUUCCAAGAAGCCUAUGAAGAAGAUUGUUUCUCCUUUUCCCCUUUUCCUUCUCCUCCCUGCCCCGCCUUGCCCCUCCCCAUUUUAUUUUUUCACAGGGAAAUUAAACCUUACUAA